GAAUCAGACGGUUAUAUUAAUCACCAACGACUAAAAUUCACUUCGGUUACCUUAAAGGUAACAGAAGUGCGGUUCGCGGCAGUGUGAUUUUAAAGUUAAAAAGAAGGAAUUCUGAGUAAAUUUUAUUAAAAUGGUCCGUAAAAAGAUAGAUAAUCGCAUACGAGUUUUAAUAGAAAAUGGCAUUGUUAUGGAACACAGAACAAUGUUUGUUGUCAUCGGUGAAAAGACAAGAGAUCAAGUAUCUCAUUGAAUCUUCUAAAUUGCACGUGUGAAAUGUUACACGUGAAAAACAUGCCUGCGAAGUGGUAUUGUUGCAUCAUAUGUUAUCCAAGACUGUAGUAAAGUCUAGGCCUUCUGUGCUGUGGUGCUAUAGAAAGGAUCUAGGUUUUAGCAGCCAUAGGAAGAAACGCAUGAAGACUUUACAAAAAUAGAUUAAGUCGGGUAAAUUGGAUGUUAAUGAGGAUGACCCAUUUGAACUCUUUGUGGUUUCAACCAAUAUUCGUUAUUGUUACUAUAAUGAAACACAUAAAAUAUUAGGUAACACAUAUGGCAUGUGUAUAUUACAGGAUUUUGAAGCAAUUACGCCAAAUUUAUUAGCGCGUACUAUUGAAACAGUAGAAGAUGGUGGAAUAAUUGUAUUUUUGUUACAAUCUAUGAACUCUUUAAAACAAUUAUAUACAAUGAACAUGGAUGUCCAUCAGAGGUUUCGUACAGAAGCUCAGCAAAAUAUAGUAUGCCGAUUUAACGAGAGGUUUUUGUUGUCAUUAGCUUCUUGUAAUCGUUGUUUAGUUAUUGAUCAUCAUCUAAAUGUAUUGCCUAUAUCUUCUCAUAAUCUAAAAAUUGAACCUGCGCAUAAGUCUACUAUACUGGAGGAGCAAUCGAAUUUGGAUUCUUUAAAGGAAAGUUUAAAGGACACUCAGCCUGUAUCUGCAAUAAUCAAUUGUUGUAAAACGAUUGAUCAGGCGAAAGCAGUUUUGAAGUUUAUCGAAUGUAUCUCAGAGAAAACAUUACGGUCUACCGUAUCACUAACUGCAGCUAGAGGACGAGGAAAAUCAGCUGCGUUUAUGGCAGGUGGGGUAGGAUUUGCCAGUUCAUUCCUUCUAAGUACUUCUUGACUGAUUGAGCAACAUGCAACUUGGCG